CUUUUCUUUCUUUCUUUCUUUCUUUCUUUCUUUCUUUCUUUCUUUCUUUCUUUCUUUCUUUCUUUCUUUCUUUCUUUCUUUCUUUCUUUCCUUUUCUCUUUUCUUUUCUUUCUUUCUUAUUACAAAUUAUCUUCCUAAAGUAGGAAAGUUUGAGCAGACAAAAAGCAUCAAUCUGAAGUUUAAAAAAAUGCAUCAACCUGGAGAGUCAUUUUUCAAAUGGCAUUGCUUAUCUUGGGACAACAAAAGCAUCCUUCACAAAUAAAGCCAGAGAGUGGUUUUAAUUUACCAUUUACCAAUAUAUUUGUAUAUUCUUUUCAAGAGAAGGGGUGAGAAAGACAUAGUCCUGGUUUUCCUCAGUGCGGGCUUAGGUACAAAGAAAUGUCACUUACCCAGAGUCCAUAUACUGAAGUGAAAAUGGAAUUUCAUGAAGCAAAUAUAGGUAUAGGAUGGUACAUCUGGACAAAUUUUAUAAAAGACUAACUCCAAUUACCUCAUUUCACAGAUAACAGCUCUGAGCACUAGGGAGAGAGGGAGGGAUUGGCCUCGCAUUUGCUUUGUGCCUUGAGCAGUCCCAUCUAGUAUGGAAGUACUCACUACUCAGCUAUACUCACUGCCCGAGGCAGGAUGGUGGGAAAGACACCCCACCUUAGCCUCCUCAUUAACCAAAAAGCCCCCAGGAUGCUGAGUGAAAAACUCUGGAAUGAUUUGGGAAUUCCUGGAAGAAGCUAUGCCCUCUCUCCUGCAUCCCAAAGCCCACUCUACACCAUCUUGAAAAAUGUCAAGGAACUGUAUGGAUUAGUUUGACUCUGGAUGACCCCGGGUAGAGACACAUUCAGUUUGCUGCUGACACCUCACCAACAAAGUGAUUUGGUCAGGUGACCCUAGGAGAAAUUGGUACUGAUAGUGUCCAAGGCAGAUUUGUAAGUAUGACUUAAUACAUAAUGAUUCUUGGGAAAGCCAUUUAAAUUCCUUAGACUUUAAGUGGAUAAAUGUAGCUAAAGUAGUAUAGUACUUGGCACAUAAUAAUUGCUCAUUCAAAUUCAAAUGUUAGUUUUUGUUUUUUUUAAAUUAGAGUCCUGUGAAUAUAUGAACCCACCCACACACACACAAACACAAGCAAACACACAGCCAUGCCCCCAUGCAUAAGUUUGGCUGUAGACACCUUCAUGGGAACUAGUUCAUUGACUUCCGAAUUAAAGAGUUAAGCAUUUGAUUUGGUCUGUUCGACAUUAGGGGUAUCAGUCAGCAAAACUUGUUGAGCUUACCAUUGAAAAAUCUUUUCAUUCAUGACUGUGGUCAUAAUACACAGUUCCCUGGCCAGGAAAGAGUACACAUCACAGAGCUGUGCUCACUGCAUAUGUGCCUGAGCUCGCCCUCACUUUCCGCCUUCUUCGAGAAGUCUUCCCUGAUUGGUCCAACCAGAAGUGCUAAUUCUCCCCACCUGAUUUCCUGUAAUUUAAUAAUCUGUGUCCUUCACUUUACUUUUGUAUUUACUGUGUUGUAUUGUUUAUUUCCUUUUGGUCUUUUUGUGUGCAUAUGUAUAUGUUUUGGGGAACGGGGUUAUUCACUUUUGUUACUCAGUAUGUUACUCACUUUUGUAUGCCCAUAGUGCAGAUCGUGGUGUCUUGUACAUAGAAUAUGUUCGGUAAAUAUGUGCAAUAAAAAGUCCUUUGAUUACACAAUGGCUUGAUAUUGGCUUUUCCACUUCCCAAAUGAGCCAGUUCUUCUUAACUACUGACCUAAAUAGAACUGACCCAUUUCCAUAAACAGCACCUCCUUGACCUUCAUUGCUAUAAAACCCAUAACAAAACUGCCUCCUCACUUACCUCUCCUUACUGUUCACAUUUCCCCUGGAAAUAUCUAAAUGAGGGUUUGCUUUAGAUCUCUGCGGGGAAGAAACCUGUGAGUAGACAACAGUAGAAUUGGAGUGUGUGGGACUGUUUGGUGGUAAGCAGAACAAUGCAAACCAACUCCCCUGUCUAAAGUCAAAUUGUGUGCGUUCCCCACAGUGCCUUCUGUGUCUGAGUUACCACAGCCAUGUAGUGGCUCAGUAAGAACUCCUUGUCCCGGUGAUUGCAAAAAUAAAACAGAAAUCUCUCUGUUGCUAGGUUAGGAAUUAGAUCACAACUUAUGCAUCAGUUUGUCAGCCAAUUUCCUCCAAGUUCAACAUCAGAACAGGCAAAAAAGCAAAAAAAGUAUCAGCCUUUAAAAAUCAUCAAGAGUAUUGGUAUAACCUUGCAUUUUAUCACCCUCGUUCCAAUUACCCCAGUGCAGCAGAUGCAAGCAGAGUCUCAUGCGAUCAUCUGAGAUAAGGAUGGAGAACUGAAAGACAAACAGAUGACUCACUUUAAUGGAUUUGCUUCAGACAGGAGAAACCUGUAAUUUCUCUUAGGCGUGCUUCAUGGACCCAUAGUGGAGUGAAUCACAGACUUGCACAAGCCUUGAAACUGUGGGCAACUUUACAGUUCUCAGAUCGGCUUCUCACAACAGGCAGUGAGUUCUCACUGGGCCCCUUGGACCUUCCAUUUCAAAAAUGGAGAAGACAGAUCACAGCCGCUGACCAGGGACUGUGGGAGGUGCCACGUGAUGGUGGGGCACCAUGCUGGGGAGCUGAGCGCUGGCCUUCCUGCCGGGUGAUUCUCCACCUCAGGGCUGCUAGAUCUGCUUCCUGGAUGCCGUAAAGAUCCUCAUGUAUGAAAAUGAAGUCCCAGGCAACCAUGAUUUGCUGCUUAAUGUUCUUUCUGUCCACAGAAUGUUCCCACUAUAGAUCCAAGAUUCACCUAAAAGCUGGAGAUAAACUUCAAAGCCCUGAAGGGAAACCCAAGACUGGAAGGAUCCAAGAGAAAUGCCAUGGACCUUGUAUCUCUUCUUCCAACUGCAGCCGGCCCUGUGCUAAGGACUUUCGUGGAGAAAUAGGAUUUACAUGUAAUCAAAAAAAGUGGCAAAAAUCAACCGAAACAUGUACAAGUCUUUCUGUGGAAAAACUCUUUAAGGACUCAACUGGUGCAUCUCGCCUUUCUGUAGCAGCAGCAUCUAUACCCCUGCACAUUCUAGACUUUCGAGCUCCUGAGACCAUUGAGAAUGUAGCUCAAGGAAUCCGUAAGAACUGCCCCCUUGAUUAUGCCUGCAUCAUUGAUGUUGUGAAAUCAUCAGAAACGACAUCUGGAAAUAUUGCAUUUAUAGUGGAGUUAUUAAAAAAUAUUUCUACAGACUUGUCUGAUGAUGUUACUCGAGAGAAAAUGAAGAGCUACGGUGAAGUGGCCAACCACAUCCUGGACACGGCAGCCAUUUCAAAUUGGGCUUUCAUUCCCAACAAAAACGCCAGCUCGGAUUUGUUGCAGUCAGUGAAUUUGUUUGCCAGGCACCUCCACAUCCACAAUAAAUCUGAGAACAUUGUGAAUGAACUCUUCAUUCAGACAAAAGGGUUUCACAUCAACCAUAAUACCUCAGAGAAGAGCCUCAAUUUCUCCAUGAGCACAAACAAUACCACAGAAGAUAUCUUAGGAAUGGUACAGAUUCCCAGGCAAGAGCUAAGGAAGCUGUGGCCAAAUGCAUCCCGAGCCAUUAGCAUAGCUUUCCCAACCUUGGGAGCUAUCCUGAGAGAAGCCCACCUGCAAAAUGUGAGUCUUCCCAGACCGGUAAAUGGUCUGGUCCUAUCAGUGGUUUUACCAGAAAAGUUGCAAGAAAUCGUACUCACCUUCGAAAAGAUCAAUAAAAGCCGCAAUGCCAGAGCCCAGUGUGUUGGCUGGCACUCCAAGAAAAGGAGAUGGGAUGAGAAAGUAUGCCAAAUGAUAUUGGAUAUCAAGAAUGAAGUGAAAUGUCGCUGUAACUACACCAGUACAGUGAUGUCUUUUUCCAUUCUAAUGUCCCCCAAAUCAAUGACUGACAAAGUUCUGGACUACAUCACCUGCAUUGGGCUCAGCGUCUCAAUCCUAAGCUUGGUUCUUUGCCUGAUCAUUGAAGCCACGGUGUGGUCCCGGGUGGUUGUGACGGAGAUAUCAUACAUGCGUCACGUGUGCAUCGUGAAUAUAGCAGUGUCCCUUCUGACUGCCAAUGUGUGGUUUAUCAUAGGCUCUAACUUUAACAUUAAGGCCCAGGACUACAACGUGUGUGUUGCAGUGACAUUUUUCAGCCACUUUUUCUACCUCUCUCUGUUUUUCUGGAUGCUCUUCAAAGCACUGCUUAUCAUUUAUGGAAUAUUGGUCAUUUUCCGUAGGAUGAUGAAGUCCCGAAUGAUGGUCAUUGGCUUUGCCAUUGGCUAUGGGUGCCCAUUGAUCAUUGCUGUCACCACAGUUGCUAUCACAGAGCCAAAGAACGGCUACAUGAGACCCGAGGCCUGUUGGCUUAACUGGGACAAUACCAAAGCCCUUUUAGCAUUUGCCAUCCCGGCGUUGGUCAUUGUGGCUGUGAAUCUCAUUGUGGUUUUGGUUGUUGCCAUCAACACUCAGAGGCCCUCUAUUGGCAGUUCCAAGUCUCAGGAUGUGGCCAUAAUUAUGAGGAUCAGCAAAAACGUUGCCAUCCUCACCCCACUGCUGGGACUGACCUGGGGUUUUGGAAUAGCCACUCUCAUAGAAGGCACUUCCUUGACAUUCCAUAUAAUUUUUGCCUUGCUCAAUGCUUUCCAGGGUUUUUUCAUCCUGCUGUUUGGAACCAUUAUGGAUCACAAGAUAAGAGAUGCUUUGAGGAUGAGGAUGUCUUCAUUGAAGGGGAAAUCAAGGGCAGCUGAGAAUGCAUCAUUAAGCCCAACCAAUGGAUCUAAAUUAAUGAAUCUUCAAGGAUGAAAUGCUGCCCCAUUUUUGAUGGACGUCCUGAGACCAAGAGGGGAGAUUGGGAGAAAGAGGACAUGGAAAGCAGGCUGGAGUGAGAAGGAAUGGUCAUGCUUCCUUGGAAUACUUUCUCUUCUGGUCAGGAGUGACUCCAAAGCUCUUGGUCUGCUGAAGAAAAAAUGAGGAUAUCAUUUGCUGACUGAGCUUUAAGGAGGGUGAUUUAGGGACUCUUUGACCUACCCACGUCCUGCAAGAGGCUGGCUUCUUGGUCAAUCUUGGCUAGAUUAAGGGUCAACCUGCAAGCCAUUUUAUGGUCUCGUUGGCCAGCUGGGGCCUGUGAGGCCCUGCUGGGCUUGGUUGUCUUUCACUCCUGAGGCCUGCUGUGUGGCUCCAUAGCUCAGUCCUCCAUCACUCUGCGUGGAUCUUGGGUACUUUGGACAGUGAGGGUUAGAUCCAAUUUUAGGAGUAGGGUUGGGGGUGUGAGUGGCAGUGUGGGGUAGCAAGAGGAACAAUGAGUCUACUUUGGAGACAGUUAAGUCAUGGUAUGUUUCCUAAAGAUAGGGAACAGAAGAAAAGUAAGAGAACUGUUUAAUAUGCUGAUUUUUUUAGUCUAUUUUAGACCUUGAGUAAACUAAUUUAGCUUCUAGGAUCCAAGUUUCCUUAUUUGUGAAACAGGAAAAAAAAUAUUCUUGUAGGUAUUACUAUUUGUGUGUUUGUGUCUACCUGCAUGUGUUUGUGUCUGUGUGUGUGUGUGUGUGUCUUUUAAAAAUACUAUAUAUAAAGAAGAUUCUGGUUGUUAUUUUAGACGUAAAAAUGAAUAUAUGUACCUUUCACAACUUG